AUGACACCUUAUCAAACUGAACCAAUGGGCAGCCAUCCCGAAGGACACCCCCAUCGUAUAGCCUCGGAACUCUAUCCUACGCAGGAAGAAUGGGAUUUUAUAGUACCCUCAGCAGUACAUUCUCCUGAAAGUUUGACCCAGGAAAACAGUCCCACACGACAUGUGUCCAAGCCUACAGUCCCUUACAACUUACGACCAAGAGGUGGCAUAGCCAAGACAUGGAAAGUUGAAGAGGUAGGGUGGAAUGCAAUCAUACGAAACGCUGGGCGUACCUCCUCUAAGAGAGGAAGACGGAAACGCCGCGCUAAUUCGAGACACCUUGAAGUUGAGGAUUUCCAGCGGGCAUUCUAUGGCUAUCGACCAGAUCACUCCCCAGCGUUCGGCCAUCAAGCUAGGAAGACAAGAUCUUACAAACGGCGAAAAUAA